CGUAAUUGUAUCAGACCAUUGUGUGCGGCAAGUGUUGCCAAUGCCGAAAAGGUGGAUGAAGAUGUCUCCAAUACACGAGGCUGGAUGGAAGCGCAAGUCGAACCGCCCCUCUAGGGCGAGCCUCCAGUCAGUCUCUCCGAUCAGAUGAUUAUGCCGAUAUUUUGAUUGUCCAGGAUACCACUUGAAUGUUUUAAAUGAUGACAUAUCGACGCGCUCGCAAGGACUAUAUAUCAUAAACUUACAUUUGAUACUCUCAAUGGAGCCUAAGGAGAUCUACGACCAAGUUAAUAAGCGGUACGGCUCAAUCGCCAAGAGCAGCACCGGCCAUUAUGAGCAAACAGUCGCGAAAGCCUUUGGAUACACAGAAGAAGAGCUCGCUGGCGUUCCCGAGGGUGCGAAUCUGGGAUUGAGCUGCGGCAACCCAAUUGCACUUGCAAGGCUGAGAGAGGCCGAAACCGUCAUUGAUCUUGGGUCUGGCGCUGGCUUCGAUGUGUUUGCGGCUGCAAAGAGAGUUGGCCCUAAAGGCAAGGCCGUCGGAGUUGACAUGAACAAGAAUAUGAUCGACAAGGCGAAUGCCAACAAAGCUCACACCAACGCCUUAAACGUCCAGUUUAUCGAGAGCGUCAUCACGUCCAUCGCGCUACCCGACAACACUGCUGACUGCAUCAUUAGCAAUUGCGUCAUCAACCUUAUCCCCGCAGAGGACAAACAGCUUGCAUUUAAUGAGAUGUUCCGACUACUCAAGCCCGGUGGACGAGUUGCCAUCAGUGACAUACUCGCGCGCAAAGAGUUUACCGAGGAUAUUAAGAAGAACAUUGCUCUAUAUGUUGGGUGCAUUGCGGGAGCUAGCGAGGUCAGCGAGUAUGAUGCGUUUCUCAAGAAUGCAGGCUUUAACGAUGUUCUCAUCGUGGACAGCAAGAAUGACUUGAAUGUGUACCUUACCGCCACCGAGACCAAACCAUCGUGUUGUGGAUCAGACGCCGUUAAAGAAGGAAAGGAGGUAUCGCCUUGUUGCAGUGUAGAGGCGAGAGAGAGUUGCUGCAAGCCGGAGAAAAAGGAGUCAUGCUGCGGAACUAACUCGUCGGCGUGUACUUGCCAGAACCAGACAAGUUCAAUGGCCAGUGAAGCCAGGACACUCGCUACUCAAUUGGGGAUCACAGACUUGAACGAAUGGGCAGGCUCCUUCCAGGUGUAUGCUGUCAAGCCGGCGGCGAACUGAGAGCGCCGUUGAAAUCGGUUGACGCCGCCGAUUGGAGGUUAAAAUUUUCCCAAACACAGGUCAGAAUGGUUUGCUAAACAAGCUUCAGACGCAUAAGCAGAGGUUAGAUAUACACAUCCGGUCGCAUUACCGGGCUGGUAGACUGUUAUAACCUGAUAGGAUUCUACAUACCACCCAACGUGCUGAACAUGAACAGCAUGUUACUUGGUUCCUUCAAUUCGAGAUAUACUAAAAAACUUCUCGCUUAGGAAGCACUAUAUACUGGUAGUUCCUAUUUAGUAUCCAAGUUAGAGACCAUAUAGUGCAUCUUCUAUGCUAACUUACAUCUCCUUAACUAAGAAUUACG